AUAUGAGAAAUUUUGGUUUUUUGAAUUCAGAAAAAAAGAGACUAUACUGAAACAAAAAUAAUGUCAUCUUCAAAUUCAAAAAGAGACAUGUUUCUUUUUGGAAAAUCCACUGAUAACAAUAAUAUCAUACCAUCACCGGAUGCUGAUAGACAAUCAUCAUCACCGUCACCAUCGCCAACAACUGUAACAGCAGCAACAACAUCUACACCACCACCUCCACAUUCAUCAUCUUCAUCAUCAUCAUUGUCACCGGUAAUAAUGAAAUCAACAAAUGAUAUUGACAUUAGUAGUGGUGGUGGUGUUUACGGUGGCUACAUCAGUGUUGGUGAUGGUGAAUCAAGUAGUGGUGUUGGAUCGAUACUUUCAUCAUCAUCACCGCCACCACCACCACCUAGAUAUUUGGAAACAUUUCCAAAUUCCAACAUUAAUAAUUUAAAUCAUAAAAAUAAAUCCAAUAAUAAUCAUAGAUAUUUGGACCAAACAAUUGAUUCUAAUCAUCAUCAUCAUCAUCAUGACGAUGAAAAUCAAUCAUUAAUUGAUAAAUGUGAACAACCAAAAAUUGUUGAAUCAUCAUCUAGACAAAAUGGGCGAUUAUAUUCAUCGCAGCCACCAUUAUCAAAUAAAUCAAAUGAUUGGAUUUUUGAAAAAAAUAAUAAUAAUGUAAUGUCAACCGAUUUUGAAUCAUCAAAAAAUAAUAAUAAUGAUCCAAUUAUUCAUCGAUCAAAACAACAAUCAACCAAAGAUAAUGUUGAAUUAAUAUGGCGUAAUCUUUCUUAUACAAUAUCACGUUUUCAAUGGAAAACAUUUUUGAAAGAAAAAGGCCGUGGCUAUAAACAUAAAACUCUUUUGAAUUCAAUAAGCGGUUCAAUGCGUGCCGGCGAAUUAAUGGCCAUUAUGGGACCAAGUGGUGCCGGUAAAACAACAAUGAUUGAAUGCAUUAGUGGACGUCGUCGUCGUGGUGUUUCCGGUGAUAUUGUUGUUGCUAAUUGUACUAAACGUACUAAAUUAGCAUACAUGGCUCAAGAGGAUGCCUUUAUGCCUUGCCUAACCGUUUAUGAAACAUUAUUGUUUGCAUCAAAACUUCGUAAUUAUCAACGAAAUAAUCGCUGUAGAGUUAAAUUAGUCGAUGAUAAUGAAAAUGUUUAUAAUGCAACGACACUUCCUGAUUCUGAUUUGGUUAUAAGGUCUGUCGAUUCUCAUACAAAAAAUAUUGCUACCAAUAUUACUGCUUCCUUUAAUGAUAAUGAUGAUUUCUUUGAUGAUUCUGGCUGCUGUGGAAGAGGAACAGGCUUUGCAUGCUUACCCGAUGGUACUUAUCAUCGUAAUCUGGUCAAUCAAAUCUUACAAAAACUUGGUCUUGAUCAAUGUCGCAAUGUUAAAGCCGAAAAUUGUAGUGGUGGUCAACAGAAACGAUUAUGUAUCGCACUUGAAUUGAUUCAUUCACCAACAAUAUUGAUUUUGGAUGAACCAACUAGUGGCCUUGAUUCUGUUUCCUGUUUACAAUGUGUUAGUUUAUUACGUGAAUUGGCACAUAAUGCUGAACAGCCAAUGGCUAUUGCUGCAUCUAUUCAUCAACCGACUGCAAGAAUUUUACAAAAUUUUGAUCGCCUUUAUGUAUUGGCCUUUAAUGGUCAAUGUAUGUAUGAUGGACCAACGAAUCAAUUGGUAUCAUAUUUAAGUCGAUAUAAAUUAUCUUGUCCAACUUAUCACAAUCCUGCCGAUUUUGUUCUGGAAGUGGCAUCAGGCGAUUAUGGUCAUGAUGUAAUUAAACAAUUAAUUAAUGAUCAAAAUAUACAACAUCAGAAAGGAUGUUUAAAGAUUAAAUUUCCUACUGAAACAACAAUAAAUGGAUCAUUAACAAUGGAUUCUAAUUUAAAAACAAAAGAUUCAACAGUUGUGAAUGUUGAUGAUGUUAGUGAUGAUAAUAAUAUUGAAAUAGCAAUGAUAAAUAGUAAGCGUGCUUCAAUAUCUGAUGAUGUUCGAUUGUGGCCAGAAAAUGCUGUUACCGUUUCGAUUAAUAAAAUAUGUCAAAGAUCAAGAAAGCAAGUUAAACGCCGUGAAUUCUAUAAAACAAUGUUAUUAUGGAUGCGUUGUAUGUUGUUAUCAUUUCGUGAUCCAACCGAAUAUUUAUUACGUAUAUUCGCAACUGUAUCAAUCAUAUUGCUCAACAUUGUACUUUAUAAUGAUAGUAAAAUGGGACAAGCUGAUGGCUGUUCACAAGAUACAAUUAUGCAUAUGGUUAAUACGAUUCGUUCGGAUUAUGAUGGAAAUCAAACAUUUUCAUUAGCCAAUUCAUUAUUGGAAGGACCCGGUGCAUUGGCAAUAUUGAAUUUUGGUUAUAUAUUUUUUGCAAUGACAUUUUGUUCAUUUUUGUCAAUGAUGCCAACAAUUUUAACAUUUCCAUUAGAAGUGGGAGUUUUCUACAAAGAAUAUUUCAAUGGAUGGUAUUCAUUUAGUUCUUAUUUUUUGGCUAAAAAUUUAACCAAUCUUUUACCAACAAUAUUAUUGCCAAUACUUUAUGGAUCAACAACAUAUAUGAUUACGAAUCAAUAUUUUGAAACAUGGAGAUUUUUAUAUUUUAUUGCAUUAGUGGUAAUGAUUUCAUUGGUUGCCGAUGGUAUUGGUUUAACAAUAUCGGCCAUUUUCGUUCAUAAUGUAAAUGCUGCCAGUAUAUUUGCUGCAACAUCACAAAUACCAUUAUUAUUAUUUACUGGAUUUUUGGUACAAAUCGAUCAAUUACCACGUAUCAUACAGCCACUUACAUAUUUAAGCUUUUAUCGAUUGUUUUUCGAAUCAACAGUGAUUACAUUUUAUGGAUUUAAUCGUUGUCCAGAACCGGAACCAUUCGAUCUAAAACGUGUACGUGAAUUAAUGGGUGAUGAUGCUGAAGAAAUGAUGGAUUGUGUUUGGCAAAAUACCAAUUUUUUUGAUUCAUCAAGUGGACCAUCAUUAACUGAUCGUUUAGAACGAAUUUUAUCGGCAUCGGAAAAUCAAAAUCCAUCAUUAAUAUUACAGAAUUUUCGUUUAAAUGAAAAGGAUUUACCAUUUUUAAUGUGCCUAUUAGGUAGCUAUGCAAUUAUCGCAAGAAUUAUUGCCUAUAUUGUUUUAUAUCGAAAAGCUAAUUCACGACGAUAAUCAUCAAAAA